AAUAAUUUUCAAAGUCUGCUUUAAUCGUAUAGGAGAGAAAAAUAAAAAUUUUUGAACGUGGUCUCGAAAAAUAUUCAGGGCAAAAACAAUGUUUGGCGAUAUACAAGAUUUCGCUGGUGUUUGCUGGAAAGAAGUUCUGUCACUGGUAAACAACGCAGCAGUUUACAUUGAUCAUGCAGCGUCAGAGUGCCUGCAUUGGUACACAGGAGACAGGGCUUAUUUAACUUUAAAAGAUGCCGGUGCUUGUUCCAUUCAUGAACUGUCAUUGUACAAUUUUCAUAAUCUCAAAGCAAAAGGAGCCAAAAAGGCAGUGAUUAUUUCUACAUCAACAGACUCACUUUUUUACCAGCGUACGCUGAAACUUAUUAUAGAGAAAAAUGAUUUUGAAAAAUGUUUAGUUGUUUUCACGGCUCAUGAAAAAGUUUUACAGUACACUUCUAUGAUACCUGAUGAUUUGAUGAGAGAAAGUAGUUAUGAUAUUUUGAAGGGAGAUAUAAUACAUUGGAUGAAUGAUAAGACACUUACAGAGAAUUCCCAAGUAACAAUGAUUUUCAAACCUAUUUUCAUAGCAUGUUUGAAGAAAGAUAUAUUUGUCACGCCACCUUUCGCAAAUUUAAUGCCUGCUGUUGAUAAAGUGUUGAUAGACGAUUAUGUAUUGGAAAUCGAAUUUCUCAUUAGUUCUUUACAUAUGCUGUUUACCCAUUACAAUGUUCAGGAAGACAUUUAUUCUUUGGGAAAACUUGCAAAUCACGUUGCAAACAAAUUAGACAACUUUGGGCCAGCCAUAAAUAGAAGAAAACGUGCAGUAGAUCAAAGAAAGGUAUCAUUGAUAUUGAUAGAUAGAACACUUGAUCUAUCUACAGCCACUAGUCACAACUCAGAUUCAAUAUUGGGUAGAAUUUUAUGUACGCUGCCUCACUUACCACAUCAUUACAAUGAUGUUGCUAUAAAGAUGCAUUCUCUGAGUCUCAAGGGAGAGGAGUGCUCUUCUUCUUUUAUGGUUCCUGGAUGCUUGGCAAAUAGGAAUGAAGAAUUAAUGGAUUUACUCAUUAAUAAAAAGCAAAAAGAUGUUUUGUUGUCAUUAAAUAAAAUGUUGAUAGAUAUGUCAUCCAGUAAAGACAGUCCCAAAACUAGUAAAAUAUCAACUAGAGUGACUGCUCACAGUUUGGAAAAAGGAGUUAAAAAAUUUCGUGAUUCAGAAAGUAUUGAUUCUUUGAGGAAAAACAGUAAAAACCUUCAGCUGAUUGCUGCAGUUGUUCAGGCUCUCAAAUCAAACAAAACUGCUCAAAUUGAAUUUGUUAUAAGUUUGGAAAAAUUGAUUUUACAAAAUUUGGCUGUUAGUGGAGACUCAUCAAGUAUUUUAACACAAUUGAGUAAUAUUGUAAAAACACGAGCAUCAAGGGGUUUAGAAAUGGAAAAUUUACUUGUGCUUCUUAUCCAUCUUUAUGCAAUGGCUGGUCCUGAUAUAAAGUUUUCUGAACAACAAGAAAAAGCACUAAAGGAAGCCUUAGCUUGUGCAAUAUAUGAAGAUAUAAAAAAAUGCAAUGAAAGUGAUCUGGAUGUUGAGCUUUCUGCAUACUAUCAGACAUUGCUACUUCUAGGAGUGUCUGAUGAGCAGGCAUCUAAAGAAGCUGCCAACAAAAUAACAGAUAAAAUAAUCACAAUUUUACAUGAAAUAUUGCAUCAAAGAGAGUCGUUGAAAAAUUAUAAGCAAGUUAUAAGCAAAUCAAACCCUCGUGAAAUGGCGAGACAUGUUGGUCUUUUGGAACAUUUGGUUACAGAUUUGUUGGACGAAAGCAAACCAACUAUUCCUGAUUUAGUUCAACAAAAGCCGUCGUUGCUAUCUUCAGGCUUCAAUUAUCUAACAAAAGGUAAAUUAAGUGAUCACCCAUGUGACAAUCCAUGGACGAUUAUUUAUGUACUUGGAGGAAUAACACCUGAUGAGAUUAAGACUGUUGAAGACAUUAUAAAUAAGAAAGGCGCACAUUGUACUAGGAUAACUAUGGGAGGAACUAGAUUGUUAAAUCCACUGGACAUACUUGAUAAAAUUUUAUUUACAAAUAUAAAUACUUUAUAA